AUGACCAAGCUGAUGUUGCUCCCUGAGACUGUGGUAGAGCCGAACCGGAAGGAGUACCACUGGUAUCACCAGAAGUUCCGCAGGGUGCCUACUGUGGACCAGUGCUACGAUGAUGAUCCAGUCUGCAAGUGGGAGGCGAUGCAGCAGUUCCACCGAGAUCAGUAUGUGUGCCAUAUAUUAGUUAAAAUCCUCAGGCAAAGGGUGAUUGAACACUGCAUGGUGUAUGAGGCACCCAACAAGGAGAAGUGUGAACCACUGCAUGAAACAUAUGAGACAGUGUGGCAGCUGACUGGUUCUCUAAGU